AUGGCUGGUGAUCACAAUCCGAGUAAGAAGAAAGACAUGGCGAAUAAUUCCAACCAAACCAACCAAACCAACCAAACCAACCAAACCAACCAAACCAACCAACCAACCAACCAACCGCCACCACCACCAUGGGAGCCACCAGCCUACGUAACAGACGAUGGCAACACCUGGUAUUUCAACUACAGGAGGAACCAAUGGUACCACUAUGACUACGUGAAGACGAAGUACGUCUUUCUGUCUGAAGACGGCAAAUUUUCGAGUGUCUUCUCGCCGAACCCACCGGCACAGCCAUCAAACACUGCAACUCCUGCGCCGUCAAACGGCCAGGGCACGUCGGCGAGUGUGGGCUCAACCGGCACCUCUCAACAACCGCGCAACCAACCACGCAACCAAACGCACAACCAAACCCGCAAUCAAGCCAACCAACCAACACCUGCGCCAACAUGGGAGCUACCACCGCACAUCAAAAACGACGGACACAUCUGGCAUUUCAACCCAAAGCGGAACAAAUGGUACUUCCAUGACCUGGAGAAUGACAGGUUUGUCUUCCUGGCACCCGACGGGGAGUGGACGGCUCGCCCGUGCAAUGAACAACCGGCACAGCCAUUAACCACUCCAACUCCAACACCUGCGUCAGAAUGGGAGCUACCACCGCACAUCAAAAACGACGGACACAUCUGGCAUUUCAACCCAAAGCGGAACAAAUGGUACUUCCAUGACCUGGAGAAUGACAGGUUUGUCUUCCUGGCACCCGACGGGGAGUGGACGGCUCGCCCGUGCAAGAAAGAACCGGCACAGCCAUCAACCACUCCAACUUCAACUCCUGCGCAGUCCAACAGCCAGGGCGCGACGGCGGGCAACGCUCAUCCGUUCGAAUCAACCAACAGACGCAGCAACAUGCUCCGCGACCGGCUCAGCGACCGGCUCAUCAGCAACAGGCUCAGCGACCGGCUCAGCAACCGGCUCAGCAACCGGGCAAACAGCAAGAGAAGAAGAAGGGUGACUUCGACUCCAGCUCCAGCUCCGCCUCAACCUCAAACUGCGCUCGUCGCCAGCGAGACCCGGUCGUCGAACACAGUUCCCGAUCAGCCUGAGCAAAUGGCCGCGGCUUUUCGAGCGAGGUUCAAUAUUCCCAACCAACAAACUGCCGCGCCGACUUUGGCGGAGCAAGGAACGACGAGGUCGGUCUUUGCACCUCCACCUCCAGGUCAAGCACAGAUGCCACUCUACGGGCGGGACCCAGCGCCGCGUCCGAUGCCUACGGCACCGGCCAGACCACAACCCUCGACUGCCAGCCGGCCAUCGAACACUCCACAAGCUUCAGCCACGCUCCCAAAGCCGGCCGUACUGCCGCCACUUGUGCAGGACACGACUGUGUGGCCAACAAUGCCACCAGGCACGUCACCAACAAUGGCUCAAGCGGCGAGCAUGGGUCCGAUUCCGGGUCAGAACCAACCAGCUCGUCCUCCAAACCGCGGUCCAUUGGAUCGCGGUCAGUCCGUCGGUCAAGGCAAUCAGAGCCAGAACAACAACAACAACCACAACCACAACCGCAGCACAGCCGCAGAAGCGAGGGCCCAAGCUGAUACACAGGCAGCUGCGUCUGCACCUCCACCUGCACCGGCGCCACCUCCAAUCUCGCGCGCCGAAGCUGAUGCUGCGCUUUAAGCGGCCGUGAGCGAGGAGACCGGCAUGAACGUCGAUGGCACCGGACAAGAUCCCACCAGCGACGCCGACAACACCGACAAACCUUCUGAG